AUGCGCCGCCAAUCCCUCCUCGCCGCCCUCGCGGCCACUCUACAGCCCCUGGCCUCCGCCGCCCCGGCGACGGUCCACCUCUGCGGCGACAGCACCAUGGCGCACCAGAGCCCGUCGGGCAAGAUCCAAGGGUGGGGCGAGUACCUGCAGUACAGCCUCUCCCCCUCGGCCUUCCGGGUCAACAACGCCGCCGUGUCGGGCCGCUCGGCGCGCAGCUUCACGCGCGAGGGCCGGUUCGACGCCGUGGCCAAGGCCGUGCGGCCCGGCGACUGGGUCGUCGUCGAGUUCGGGCACAACGACGGCGGGUCCCUGAGCCCCGGCCGGGACAACGGGCGCACCGACUGCUUCGGCGAGGGCAGCCAGACGUGCACGACGGCGUAUGACGGCAAGACAGAAAUCGUCCAGACCUUCCCGACCUACCUCAAGGCCGCGACGGCGCAGUUCCUCGCCGCGGGCGCCAAGGUCGUCAUCUCGUCCGCCACGCCCAACAACCCCUGGGAGUCCGGGUCCUUCUCCUGGUCCGGGACGGACCGCUUCACCUACUACUCGUGGCUCGCCGCGUCGCAGGCCGGCGGCACCGCGAGGGGCGUGUACUACGUCCCGCACGGCGCCUACGCCGCCCAGGCCAUGAAGAACAUGGGCCGGCAGGCCGUCAACGACAACUUCCCGCAGGACCACACGCACACGUCUCCUUACCUCGCCGACGUCAUGUCUCGCGCCUUCGUGCUCGGCCUCCGCUGCGGCACGAGCGAGCUCGGCAGGACGGGCGUCGUCAACUCGACGUCCUCCAUGACGAGCACCUUUCUCGGCAACUGCAUCCCCGCCGCCAACGCCUCCAUGCCGCUAUGA